AGCGAUAUCUCUUUUAUGGAGAAUCUUUACCUUAAUAUGGCAAGUAACAUUUGAAGACACUUUUGACACCUUAGCGAGCGCGCACACUCGAGGCAUUCUUCGAUUGAAUUAGAUGGUUGAAUGGAAUUUAUGUGUGGCACUUAUAAAUGUAUCGGCAUUGCGUCCUUUCCCGGUUUCGCGCUUCGUCGUCCAAACUUUGGUUCCCGCCGCUGAAUUUUGCUUCGCCAUUUUGAUAUUUUUUUUUUUUUUUUUUACUUUUUCCGCGCAACAUGGUUAGCCAUGUUUUCUCAACAAAAACUCCUUGACUGAUUUCGCCAAAUGAACUUCGGCGUUUUAGUUCCAUUCCCAGCUUUAAUUUUGCCCCUUAAAAAAGCGCAAUUUUAUCGUACACAGGAAGCGAAGGCGAAAAAAUAGUCAAGCAGUCCUAAUAGUUAAGCAGCGCCAAUAGCCAAGCAGUGCCAAUAGCCAAAUAGCCCCAAUAGCCAAGCAGCGCCAAUAGCCAAACAGCCCCAAUAGCCCCCAAAAUGUCGAUAAAAUCGCCGUGCCUGGAAAUACUGCCCUUCAUAUUUAGGGAGGAACAAAUAAGUAACAGAAUUCAAACCUUCCCGACGGAGACCAUGAAAAAGGCCUACUUAGAAUUGAAGGGAUAUUUUGAGCAAUACAAAAUUUACGCAGAGAAAUUAAUUAACUUCAACGGGUCAAUGAAUGACGAAAAUCAGAGAAAAGAAAAAAUGACCAUUAAGCUGAGAUGCGAAUAUUACGCAGUCCUCUUCUCACAGGCGUCUAAGCUUUUAAACGAAUACAUAAACUUUAGAAACAGACUUAUACUCGAACUGGCCAUCAAUGUGAACGGAUUAAUUAACUCCAUACACCCCAACAUAAUACAAAGACUUAACGAGGACGAGAAAAGGGAAUUGCAAAGAUGCUGCGAAAAUAUCCGGAGCGAAAGGAUCAAGUCGAAGCUAGAAAAUAAAUUUACCGUAUGCUUCUUGAACGACUUAAUUAUAGAAGACUUAAAUUACGAAGGAAAUGAAAACGAAAGCGCAGCUCGAAAUGUUUUUUACGCAGCGGGAUUGAAAGUUAGCGUUUUUGAGGAUAAGGCUCUCGAUUUACAGAAAUGUGAAUGGGCAAGAAUCUUAAGGGACUAAAUAUAGGAAGAACAAAUAGAUGGCAUUAUAGGAGGGACUCUACACCAAAUGAUGCUCACGUGUGAUCAAAUUACGCAAAGGUGUGGACACCUCUCCUUUUUGUUUUUUCCUAUUUUUUGCUCCCUUUCCGCUUUUUUAGUUUGACCUUUUUAACAAUUUAUUAUGCAUGCCAGUAAGUGCAUCGUGUAGUAGUGCACGUAUACACACGCGUCACACUUUAGCACAAAUUUAUUCCAUUUUAAGGACAGCAUAAUGAACAAUUUGCCAUUUUUAAGUUAUUCGUUCGGAAAACAGUUUAAGAGAAAAAUAUGAGCAAAUCGGUGAAAAGGGCCGUGUGUUCAAAUAAACCAGCAUAACAUUUUAAAGGGCACAUAAAAAGGGCAAAGAUGCUAAUUCGCCUCUUCCUUCCCAUUCUUUUUACUUUGCGCAAAAUGUGUGUACCCCUUUAAUUAGUGGCUACGGUUUGGUGCAAUUUGUUAGACAAGUGAAAGGUGGGGUUAACUCAUUUUACGCGUUAACCGCAGCAAACGCUAAUGGGUAGGAAGCGGUAAAAUAGGCGAAAAGGGCGACGUAGAAAAAUGACGCACGUGAGGGUACAAUGUGCAACUGAUUGUUACAUAUGGCGAAAUAUAUAACAUAGAACAAUAUGAGGAAAAACCCGUACUUAUAAACUCACAGCAGUGAGAGUGCGACUU